AUGAAGGCCUUGACGGAGAACACGGACUUCGUGGUGAUCGCUGCCAUCGGCAUGGCUGGAUCAGGGAAGUCUUUCAUUCUUAACGAGCUGGCUGGAUAUCAGAACAGCUCCGAAGACAACGGGCCUGCACUGAGGCCGUUCGUGGUACAGACGCAAGAUAUCAUGCUCGAGGGCUCCCACCAGACCGUCGGGGUCGACAUGUACAUCACAGGAGAGAGGAUAAUUCUCCUUGACUGCCAGCCGGUAUGCAGCUCAUCGGUGGUGUUGGACAUGGUCCUGGAAGGAGCGCCUCUGCCGGCGAUCGCAUGUACCUACGACCACCUUAUGGAUAUCCAGCUUAUGAUGUUCAUUCUGGCCAUCAGCCAUGUAGUCAUUGUCACACAACCCAACGUCCCUCCGAGCCGACCCCUCCUCUCUGUCCUUCGUUCCGCUCACUGGCUAUGGAUGCCUCCUGAACAGCUGGAUGAGGAGGAGGAGGAGGAGGAGGAGGAGGAGGAGAGUGGGAGGGGGGCAAGACAAGGGAGCUCGGAGAAGCAUGCCGCGCCGGGCAACGGCAAGUUGGAGUCGCUCAAGCAGGACGUGGAAUCUCUUUCUCUGGACCCUCGAGGAGGAGGUACCUUCCUCAAGGGAGCUCCGCACAUCGUCUUCGUGCACAACAUGAUCCCGGACAGCUCUCUGACGGUCCUUAGUCAGAGGAGAAUAGAAACUGUUGUCCACGAGCAUUUUCGAGGGACUGGCCUCUUCCGACACGCACAGCAUACCAGCUACAGGCGGGUGAAGCCACUGAACGGCAGAAAGGAGGAGGGAGAGGACGAGGGCAGCGUGUCAAGUCCCGUCAACUGCUAUCUCCUGCCCAUUGACGAGGAUUCCCUCCAAGGAGGGAUGGCCUCCCUUCAAAGGAGGCGAGCUGCUUGCUCGGGGAUGCUUCCAGCGCUGACCUGA